ACACUAUAGAAACCUCAUUGACUCUUGGUCAUCACGAAAUCAUCUCCUUCCUUUGCUAGAUCCCCAAAUCACUACUCAAAAUCAUCUUCUGCAGAUCAAUACAUCUGUCAACUAUGAAGCUUCAAAGAUCUGCUCUCUGUUUCAUUGCAAUCCUGGGGCUUCUAUCCACAAUCGCUCACUCAAUUCGCUUCGAGAUCGAAUCGGGUCACACAAAGUGUAUAGCAGAGGAUAUCAAAAGCAAUUCGAUGACUGUUGGUCAUUACUCAAUUGUUAACCCUAAUGAAGGACAACCUUUACCUGAAUCUCACAGAAUCACUCUCAGAGUGACAUCGGCUUACGGGAAUAGCUACCAUUCGUCUGAAAAUGUGCAAUCGGGUCAAUUCGCUUUUCAGGCUGUUGAGGCUGGAGAUUACAUGGCUUGCUUUUUUGCCAUUGAUCACCAACCGCCGCUUAAAAUUCCGGUUGAGUUCGAUUGGAGGUCUGGUGUAGCGGCUAAAGAUUGGUCAAAUGUUGCCAAGAAAGGUUCCGUCGAUGCAAUGGAAUAUGAGCUGAAGAAACUUGCGGAUACCAUCACUUCAAUUCAUGACGAAAUGAUAUAUCUCAGAGAUAGGGAACGAGAGAUGCAAGAGCUUAACAAAGUGACAAAUUCGAGAAUGGCAUGGUUGAGUUUUCUCUCACUUUUCAUAUGCUUAUCAGUCGCGGGUAUGCAAAUUUGGCACUUGAAAUCUUUCUUUGAAAAGAAGAAGCUCAUUUGAUACCGAUCUUUUUUUUAGUUAAAAGGAUGGAUUUUAAUUCAAAUACAUGUAGCAUCAACAAAUUAAAUGACUGAGAGAAUCAUCUAUGAUAUUUUAUAUUUGAUCUUUUCUAUUAUCAUUAUUUGAGUC